CCGAAUUAUUUUUCGCAAUCAUCAGUAUUCUACGAAGCAUGAAGGCAGUUGUUAUUCUGUUGGCGGUCGCCGUACCGUUGGCAGUCGCCUUUCCCGGCGGCCUACUCGGUGGUCUCCUAGACAUUAAUUUACUUGGCAAUGGCUGCAAAGGCAAACAUAAGUCACUGAUAUCGUUAGGCAUCUUGAAUGGCAAAAAAUCAGGAUGCAAUUAUGGAGGUUAUAUCACUGCAAACGGCGGAGGAGGAGGCAGCGGAUCAGGAGAUGGUAGUGGAGACGGAAGCGGAUCAGGAAGUGGCGGUGGAGACGGAAGCGGGUCAGGAAGUGGCGGUGGAGACGGAAGCGGAUCAGGAAAUGGCGGUGGAGGCGGAAGUGGGUCAGGAAGUGGCGGUGGAGACGGAAGCGGGUCAGGAAGUGGCAGUGGAGACGGAAGCGGAUCAGGAAAUGGCGGUGGAGGCGGAAGUGGGUCAGGAAGUGGCGGUGGAGACGGAAGCGGGUCAGGAAGUGGCGGUGGAGACGGAAGCGGAUCAGGAAAUGGCGGUGGAGGCGGAAGUGGGUCAGGAAGUGGCGGUGGAGACGGAAGCGGGUCAGGAAGUGGCAGUGGAGACGGAAGCGGAUCAGGAAAUGGCGGUGGAGGCGGAAGUGGGUCAGGAAGUGGCGGUGGAGACGGAAGCGGGUCAGGAAGUGGCGGUGGAGACGGAAGCGGAUCAGGAAAUGGCGGUGGAGGCGGAAGUGGGUCAGGAAGUGGCGGUGGAGACGGAAGCGGGUCAGGAAGUGGCAGUGGAGACGGAAGCGGAUCAGGAAAUGGCGGUGGAGGCGGAAGUGGGUCAGGAAGUGGCGGUGGAGACGGAAGCGGGUCAGGAAGUGGCGGUGGAGACGGAAGCGGAUCAGGAAAUGGCGGUGGAGGCGGAAGUGGGUCAGGAAGUGGCGGUGGAGACGGAAGCGGGUCAGGAAGUGGCAGUGGAGACGGAAGCGGAUCAGGAAAUGGCGGUGGAGGCGGAAGUGGGUCAGGAAGUGGCGGUGGAGACGGAAGCGGGUCAGGAAGUGGCGGUGGAGACGGAAGCGGAUCAGGAAAUGGCGGUGGAGGCGGAAGUGGGUCAGGAAGUGGCGGUGGAGACGGAAGCGGGUCAGGAAGUGGCAGUGGAGACGGAAGCGGAUCAGGAAAUGGCGGUGGAGGCGGAAGUGGGUCAGGAAGUGGCGGUGGAGACGGAAGCGGGUCAGGAAGUGGCGGUGGAGACGGAAAUGGAUCAGGAAGUGGUGGAGGAAAAGGUGACGGAGGAGGAAGUGGCGGAGGAAAAGGUGGCGGAGGAGGAAGUGGCGGAGGAAAAGGUAGCGGAGGAGGAAGUGGCGAAGGAGAAGGUAGCGGAUCAGGAAGUGGCGAAGGAGAAGGUAGCGGAUCAGGAAGUGGCGAAGGAGAAGGUAGCGGAUCAGGAAGUGGCGAAGGAGAAGGUAGCGGAUCAGGAAGUGGCGAAGGAGAAGGUAGCGGAUCAGGAAGUGGCGAAGGAGAAGGUAGCGGAUCAGGAAGUGGCGAAGGAGAAGGUAGCGGAUCAGGAAGUGGCGAAGGAGAAGGUAGCGGAUCAGGAAGUGGCGAAGGAGAAGGUAGCGGAUCAGGAAGUGGCGAAGGAGAAGGUAGCGGAUCAGGAAGUGGCGAAGGAGAAGGUAGCGGAUCAGGAAGUGGCGAAGGAGAAGGUAGCGGAUCAGGAAGUGGCGAAGGAGAAGGUAGCGGAUCAGGAAGUGGCGAAGGAGAAGGUAGCGGAUCAGGAAGUGGCGAAGGAGAAGGUAGCGGAUCAGGAAGUGGCGAAGGAGAAGGUAGCGGAUCAGGAAGUGGCGAAGGAGAAGGUAGCGGAUCAGGAAGUGGCGAAGGAGAAGGUAGCGGAUCAGGAAGUGGCGAAGGAGAAGGUAGCGGAUCAGGAAGUGGCGAAGAAAAAGGUAGCGGAUCAGGAAGUGGCGAAGAAAAAGGUAGCGGAGAAGAAAGUGGCGAAGGAGUAAAGAGCGCAGAAGGAAGUGACG